AUGGAGGGUGCCAUGCAGCUGCUGAGCCGGGAGGGCCACACCGUGUCCCACAACUCCAAGCGGCACUACCACGAUGCCUUCGUGGCCAUGAGCCGCAUGCGGCAGCGUGGCCUCCUGUGUGACAUCGUUUUGCAUGUGGCGGCCAAGGAGAUCCGAGCUCACAAGGUGGUGCUGGCCUCUUGCAGCCCUUACUUCCACGCCAUGUUCACAAAUGAGAUGAGCGAGAGCCGCCAGACCCACGUGACGCUGCAUGACAUCGACCCUCAGGCCUUGGACCAGCUGGUGCAGUUUGCGUACACGGCUGAGAUUGUGGUGGGCGAGGGCAACGUGCAGACCCUGCUCCCCGCUGCCAGCCUUCUGCAGCUGGGCUUUGCCGACACGCACUCCUGCAGCGACCUGCUCAAGGCGGCACACAGGUACGUGCUGCAGCACUUCGUGGACGUGGCCAAGACGGAGGAGUUCAUGCUGUUGCCGCUAAAGCAGGUGCUGGAACUGGUCUCUAGUGACAGCCUGAACGUGCCUUCAGAGGAGGACGUGUAUCGUGCCGUCCUGAGCUGGGUCAAGCACGACGUGGAUGCUCGGAGGCAGCACGUCCCACGGCUGAUGAAGUGUGUGCGCCUGCCCCUGCUGAGCCGCGACUUCCUGCUGGGCCAUGUGGACGCGGAGAGCCUGGUGAGGCACCACCCUGACUGCAAGGACCUGCUGAUCGAGGCCCUCAAGUUCCACCUGCUGCCAGAGCAGAGAGGCGUCCUGGGCACGAGCCGCACUCGGCCCCGACGCUGCGAGGGAGCUGGCCCUGUGCUCUUCGCUGUGGGUGGCGGGAGCCUGUUCGCCAUCCACGGGGACUGUGAAGCCUAUGACACACGGACGGACCGUUGGCACGUGGUGGCCUCCAUGUCCACUCGCCGAGCCCGGGUGGGCGUGGCGGCCGUCGGGAACCGGCUGUACGCAGUGGGCGGUUACGACGGGACUUCGGAUCUGGCCACCGUAGAGUCGUACGACCCUGUGACCAACACCUGGCAGCCCGAGGUGUCCAUGGGCACGAGGCGCAGCUGCCUGGGUGUGGCUGCCCUGCACGGGCUCCUGUACGCAGCCGGUGGCUACGAUGGGGCCUCCUGCCUCAACAGUGCCGAGCGCUAUGACCCCCUGACGGGAACGUGGACGUCCAUCGCCGCCAUGAGCACCCGCAGGCGAUAUGUCCGUGUUGCUAUGCUUGAUGGCAACCUGUACGCGGUGGGCGGUUACGACAGCUCCUCACACCUGGCCACUGUGGAGAAGUAUGAGCCCCAGGCGAAUACGUGGACGCCGGUGGCCUCCAUGCUGAGCCGGCGCAGCUCGGCGGGCGUGGCGGUGCUGGACCCCAAGGCCGGUGCCUGGGAGAGUGUGGCGCCCAUGAACAUCCGAAGGAGCACCCACGACCUGGUGGCCAUGGACGGGUGGCUGUAUGCCGUGGGGGGCAACGAUGGCAGCUCCAGCCUCAACUCCAUCGAGAAGUACAACCCGAGGACCAACAAGUGGGUGUCGGCGUCCUGCAUGUUCACCCGGCGCAGCAGCGUGGGCGUGGCGGUGCUGGAGCUGCUCAACUUCCCGCCUCCGUCCUCUCCCACACUGUCCGUGUCGUCCACCAGCCUCUGACCCCCGGCGGGACUGACAGGCUCGCCCACAGCCUCCCACAUGCCUUAAGCCCCACGGGGGGCCUGCGCCUCCCUGCCCUCACCGUGCAUCGGGGUUGGGUUCCCCACCGGGGACGCCCUGGACCGUCUGUCCACAUGUCCGUGUCCGUCCGCAGUGUUCACUUCUGUGUGUGCCGUUUAUUUAUGCGUGUGUUUAUUUAUUCAGUAUUUAUUGACGACGAGUAGUGCCGCAGCUACCAGUUCAUACGAUUGCUCUGGAAGUUUCUCUGUCUCUGGGACCAAGCUGCCAUCCGGUGUCCUGCCCUCUCGCUGGGGGUAGACACCCAAUGGAUGUGGGUCAGGACCAACUCGGACUCUGCAGAUCUGGGGGGACCGAGGGGGAGAUGCAGAGCCGUGGGGGGGGGGGGGGGCCUUCCGGGCAGGUGCAGACCCCAGCCUCCACUUGGCACAGGCCCUGGCCUCAAGGGCAAGGCGUGCCGCGGGGUGGGCCUUCUGCCUGUGGGCGUGGCAUCUCCUGGGUCCUGCACUGAGCUGGCACUGCGUGUGCCCCAGACCCCUCAGCAAUACGAGCCGCCUUGGACAAUAAACGUGUUCCUCGGGCUCUG